GUCGCGGGUGCUGAAGGCGCUCUUCUAGUACGAACUAAGCAAACUCUGCAAGGUGCUGCGCAAGGCGGUGCUCAGCCGCACCAUGCUGUGUCUGCGGGGCCAGAACGCCGCUCCACUGACUUGUAAAGAUGUGGAAGAUGCUUAUGUUUUGGCCAAAUACGAGGUGCACAAAGCCGUUCACUCGUCCGCAGUGGCCUAUGUCCUCCGGCAAAUCGUCAUGGGCAACACCAGUAAAAAGCGCAAAACUCCCGGAAAUCGUCAAAGUCUUCCGUUGCCCGUUGAGUUAAUGGUAGAAAUCUUCCAGACACUGGACUCCAUCGGCCGCGUCCGUUGUCGCCGUGUUUGCGCCCUGUGGAACAGCAUCCUCACCACCGACACCUACUUCCCCGAUGUCCGCGUCUCCCACUGGUCCUCCGAGUCUGCCGACCUCCCAUCCCUGCCCGAUAUGUUCUGGGUGGUGGCCAGCUUGCUGAAAUGCCUGAACCGGGCCACCACGACCCUGAUGAUCACGGGCGUCGGCUUCCUGGAAUGCCGGAAGCUCUCCGCGCUGGUUCGCCAUCUCCUCGCCGGCCGCCGCCUGCGGACGCUGGUGUUCUUCCAGUGCCGCUUCAGCGUCUUCGACACCGAGGAGCGGGACGUGCUGUUCGAGCAGUCGGUCGGGCGGUUGACGCGGCUGGCCGGGGAUUUCGCGGUGGACCGUCGCAUGGUGUGGAAGCAGUGCCGGGUGGUUAGCAGUCUGGAGGCGGUUGUCGAGCAGCAUGUGUUUAGUGUGCAACCGCGGGAGGCGAUGGCGGUGCAGGUGUGGGAGGUGUUCGAGGCGGGUUUGGUGCUGCAGCGACCGUUGGACAGGCAGGCGGUUAAGGAUUGGAUCGCUGCCUGCAUCGUUGACCAUAGCGACUCCGAGAUUGAGGAUAUGGUGAUGGCUGUGAAUAAUUACCAGAGCGCGGAUCCGCGGCCCGGUACCCUGCACCGCGGCCGGCUGUGGACGGCGGCGGAUAUCGGGCAGCUGGACGUCGGUCAGCUGAGCGUCCUGACGGUGGCCAGCCUCGGCGCAGGCUUUGAUUCGUCGCUUGCCAAUGCGGAACGCGCACAACUUAGCGCUGACGUUGAUCCUUUUGGGGAUCUGCUGCGGGGUCUUCUCGACGCCGAUUACUUACCAUCUCCUUGAUCAGUCCUCUUACUGUUGUAACUGCGGAGUUCUGUUCCGUGCUAAGUGCUGCCGAUGAACAGCCGGGUUUUCUCUACCGUUGGUUACUCGUUCAUGAGGGUCUUCCCUCUUCUGUCGGAUAAGACUGUGGCUUCGCGAAUGAAG